GCGUUUUUUCAUCUUCUACCUCGCCAAAUGGAGACGUAAACCAAAACCAGGCACUACUUGUUCAAAUAUUCAAUCAAAUCUUUUGGAUCCCUCCAGAAUUGACAGAUCAUAAUUUUCUUCUCUGUACAUGAACUCAAAAUAUAAAAAGAAAAUUGGAAAUAUCAUGCAAUUAGAGUAAGUGAGACUGGUUUCUUGCUCUGCAUUAUUAUUUCCAGUUAUUGAAAAUAAUUAACUAUUGAUCAUGAGAGUGUCAUCAACAUCCGCGGACGACCGCGCUGCAACGCUGAGCGGUGGAGGCUACCGAGAUGCAGAGACUCUAUUCCGUGCGAAACCGAUUUCCCAAAUUCGGGAUGCGGAAACCACCACGGUAAAACAGAUCCAGGACAAGAAGGAGGAGCUCCGCCAAUUGGUUGGCAACCGCUACCGAGAUCUCAUUGAUUCUGCCGACUCUAUUGUUCUCAUGAAGUCGUCCUGCGAGUCCAUCUCUUCUAAUAUAGCUUCCAUUCAAACUAACAUUCGUUCCCUCUCAGCAUCUCCUGUAUCGGAAACCCCCAAAUUCACCAACCCUAACCCCGCUCGUCUCCGAAUCUACGGGAUCGCGUGUUGCGUCAAGUACUUGGUUGACACUCCCGAGAACAUCUGGGGAUGCCUCGACGAGUCCAUGUUUCUUGAAGCUGCCGGGAGAUACAUUCGUGGCAAGCACGUGCACUAUAAUCUUAUGCUGGCCAACAAUGCUAAUGCUAACUCCAGUGCUGAAUGGGAUCACACCAAAAUCUUGUCCAAUUUUCCUCUUUUGCAACAUCAGUGGCAGAUCGUUGAGGGCUUCAAAGCUCAAAUUUCACAGCGGAGUCGCGAGAGGCUGUUGGAUCCGGCUCUCGAAAUUGCGGCCUAUGCUGAUGCUUUGGCUGGGGUUGCUGUCAUUGAUGAAUUAGACCCUAAGCAGGUACUUGGUUUGUUUCUUGAUACUAGAAAGUCUUGGAUUUUGCAGAAAUUAGCAACUUUUGGCGGUAAUGAUAAUCAUGCUGUCGCCAGUGAGGUUGUGGUUCUUGUGUUUUGUGAAGUUCUGAAGAUCAUUCAGGUUAGUGUAGGACAAGUAGGCGAGUUGUUUUUGCAAGUUUUGAAUGAUAUGCCUCUGUUUUACAAAGUUAUUUUGUGUUCCCCUCCUGCCUCUCAAUUAUUUGGUGGAAUUCCUUACCCAGAUGGGGAGGUGAGGUUGUGGAAACUUUUUAGGGAAAGAUUGGAAUCCGCAAUGGUUAUUCUUGAUAAACAGUACAUCGCAAGGACUUGUAUGACUUGGUUGAGAGACUCUGGUGGAGAGGUUGUGAGUAAUAUUAACGGCAAGUACUUGAUUGAUGCUAUUGCCACUGGUGGAGAGCUUUCAUUGGCUGAAAAGUUAAUAAGAGAGACAAUGGACAGUAAGCAUGUUUUGCAGGGGAGUUUGGACUGGCUCAAGAGUGUGUUUGGUUCUGAGAUUGAGCUGCCUUGGAGUAGGAUCCGAGAGCUGUUUCUAGAAGAUGACUCAGAUCUCUGGGAUGAAAUAUUCGAAGAUGCUUUUGUUCAGAGGAUGAAAGCCAUUAUCAACUCUGCAUUUGAGGAUUUGACAAAAAUAAUUAACGUUGAGAACUCCAUUUGCACAAUUGGAGAGGCUCCUAGCGAACAUAUUGACUACCAGGCUUACUUAAACAGACCUACCACAGGUGGUGGGGUUUGGUUUAUAGAAUCCAAUGGAAAUAAGUCUAGUCUAGUUUCAGGUUAUAAGGCAUCCCCUGAAGAAAAUGAUUUCCAGAGUUGUCUCAGUGCCUACUUUGGUCCUGAAGUUAGUCAAAUCAGAGAUGCAGUGGACAGCCGUUGUCAAAGUGUUCUGGAGGACCUACUCAAUUUCUUAGAAACUCCAAAGGCAGUACACAGGCUAAAAGAUUUGGGUCCAUUCCUACAAGAUAAAUGUUAUGAUAGCAUGUCAACCAUUUUGGCAGAGCUCAAGAGGGUCAUUGAUCAGUUAAAUGAUGCCAUGGAAAAUUCCAGAGAGGGAAGUCCAUCUGUUCCUCCUGCUAUAGUUGUUGAGAGAUCUCUUUUUGUUGGGAGACUUUUGUUUGCAUUUCAGAACCACACAAAACAUAUUCCUGUGAUACUUGGUUCUCCAAGGUUUUGGUCAAAAGAUACUGUGUCUGCAGUUUUUGACAAGUUACCAUCUGUAUUGAGGCAAUCUCAAGUUGCCACAGAUUCUCUGAUUACUGAGAGUCCUGGCAGGCAAACACCCACUGGCUCUAGACAACAGACUUCAUGUGCUACAGCUGCUUUGCUUGGAGCAAGUGAACAUGCUAGCCCUAAACUUGAAGAACUAGCCAGAACCACCAGGGAUCUUUCCAUCAGAGCUCAUAACCUGUGGAUACUCUGGUUAUCUGAUGAGCUUUCAGCCAUUCUUGGUCGUGAUCUUGGAAAGGAUGAUGGAUUGUCAGCGAUAACUCCCUUGAGGGGAUGGGAUGAGACAGUAGUCAAGCAAGAACAAUCUGAUGAAAACCAUUCUGAAAUGAAAAUAUCACUGCCAUCAAUGCCUUCUCUCUAUAUCAUUUCUUUUCUGUUUCGUGCAUGUGAAGAAAUUCAUAGGAUUGGGGGUCAUGUACUUGACAAAUCAAUUCUGCAAAAAUUUGCACUACGACUACUGGAAAAGCUUAUUGAAAUUUAUGAGGAUUUCCUUUCCGGUAGAGGUUCUCAUGCAUCUCAAGUGUCAGAGAAAGGAGUUCUUCAAAUUCUUUUAGAUCUAAAAUUUGCUGCAGAUGUUCUUUCUGGCAGUGAAUCCAAUAUAAAUGAGGACUUAUCUAAAAGUCCUAUGAUGAAGGUUUCUUUCAGAAGGAAGCAGGGGCAAAGCCAAACAAAGUCGGUCUUUAGAGAGCGUAUUGAGGAGUUAAUUAACCGUUUUUCACAAAAAUUGGAUCCAAUAGACUGGCUAACGUAUGAGCCAUAUCUCUGGGAGAAUGAGAGACAGUCAUACCUACGACAUGCAGUCCUCUUUGGAUUCUUUGUGCAACUGAAUCGGAUGUACACAGAUACCGUGCAGAAACUUCCUUCUAAUCCAGAGUCAAAUAUAAUGAGAUGCUCAAUUGUUCCUCGUUUCAAAUACCUUCCAAUCAGUGCGCCAGCAUUAUCUUCCAGAGGAACACCUAAGACAUCCAUUCCUGCAGCUUCAGAUGAUAUCUCCUCAAGAAGUUCCUGGAAAGCCUAUACCAAUGGGGAGUUUUCACAGAAGAUCAGCUUGGAUGACAACUCAAGUUUUGGUGUAGCAGCACCAAUUUUGAAGUCCUUUAUGCAAGUUGGCAGCAGGUUUGGGGAGAGCACCCUAAAGUUGGGAUCCAUAUUAACUGAUGGGCAAGUAGGGAUAUUCAAAGACCGAUCAGCAGCUGCCAUGUCAACGUUUGGUGAUAUUUUACCUGCCCAAGCUGCAGGUCUUCUUUCAUCCUUUACAGCUACGAGAUCAGACUCUUGAUUUCCACUGAAUUCUUCUGUCCUCUUAUUUCCCCCAGCUAGUCAUUCCAGUGAGUUAAAUUUCUGUUCUGUGGUUCCUAACUCCAUCAAGAGCUCUAUGAUAUUACCCAAGUGGAAAGGUUAUGCAUAUGGGACAUAGGCAAUGCAAAGAUUCGGAGGUGAAGUGAGCAUGGGGAUUGGAACUGUUAGAGAAAUGGUUAUGUCUCAAGAAAAUUGGAAAUUAGGGUUUAUCAAAUGGAGCAAGUGCGAGUUGUAAGGAGCAAUAAUUAUAUUCCAUAGAAAGCAUAAAAUAGUAUAGUAUGUGGAGUAUGUGAGGUUUGUAUCUCGAGUUCUCUUGUAAAUAGAAAUUAUUGUCUACCAAUAUAACAAAAGAUGGGGAAGGUAUUUAGAGUGAA